CUGAGCCAGGUGUACAGUAGCUAACAGUAAGUAACUGCUGUUCACGCUGGGCCUGUUUCUUGGCCCUCGCUUCUACUCUGCUACGUUGGUAGGGUGAUGUUGGGUAGUCAAGAAUAGCAAACUCUGCAAGCUUGGAGCUGCACCAAGGCCAGCCCAUCCCUGGGAAAGGAUACGGGCAGAAUGCUCUGCUCGGAGCAGCAGGAAGGCACAGCUGCUGCCGAGUCACACUGGCUCCUGGAGGAAGACGCAGGAGGGGCCCGAGUUAUCCGGAGGCCUGGAUGCGCUAGGGAGGACAGUGGUCCAGGACCUCUCGGUCAUGGCGGCCCUCGGCUUAGGCUUCCUCACCUCAUCUCUGCGAAGACACGGCUGGAGCAGCGUGGCCUUCAACCUCUUCCUGCUGGCCGUGGGCGUGCAGUGGGCAGUCCUGCUUGAUGGUUUCCUGAACCAACCCUUCCAUGGGAAGGUGUCCAUCAAACUGUCCAGCCUUCCGCCGGCCGCCAUGAGCGCCACGUCCGUGCUGAUCUCUGCGGGCGCCGUCCUGGGCAAGGCCAGCCUCGUGCAGCUGCUGGUGAUGGCGCUGGUGGAGGUGACGGCCUUCAGCACGUUAAGGAUGCUCGACAGGAGGGUCCUGAACAUGGACAACCACGUGAGCAUGAUGCACAUCCACGUGUUCGCAGCCUAUUUUGGGCUGACUGUGGCCUGGUUCCUGUCAAAGCCUCUGCCCGAGGGAGUCGAGGAGAAAGAAAAGAUGGCCACGAGCCCCAGUUUGUUUGCCAUGCUGGGCACCCUCUUCUUGUGGAUCUUCUGGCCGAGUUUCAACUCCGCUCUGCUGGACAUUCCUAAUGAGAGGAAGCUCGCCGUGCUCAACACCUACUACGCCCUCGCGGUCAGCACAGUGAUAGCCACUUCCGCGUCGGCCUGGACGCACCCUCAGGGGAAAAUCAACCUGACUCACAUCCACAAUGCGGUGCUGGCAGGAGGUGUGGCUGUGGGUGCAUCUUGUCACCUGAUCCCUUACCCUCCCCUCGCCAUGGGGCUGGGCCUUGUGGCUGGGCUGAUCUCCGUCUCAGGAGCCGUGUGCUUGCCGGUGUGUCUUCACCGCGUGCUGAGGAUUCACGACACCAGCGGUGUCCACUACACCUUCGGCUUGCCGGGCCUCCUCGGGGGCAUCACCUACAUUGUGCUGAUGGUGCUUCAGGCCAGCUGGGCCAGCAGUCCCUGGGUCGGCUUCCAGGUGCUCAACGACGCUGGGGCGCUCAGCCUGGCCGUGGCGAUGGGCCUGGCGUCCGGUCUCCUGGCAGGUUUGGUCCUAAAUCUCAAAAUAUGGAGAGCACCUCAUGUGGCAAAAUUUUUUGAUGACCAAGCCUUCUGGGAGUUUCCUCAUCUGGCUGCUGGAUUUUAAGCAAGCAGGUCCACGGGAGACGAGAGCUGCGUGGAAGCCACGUUGCCCAGCUUCGUGUGCCGCACUCAUCACGGCCACGUCCCCUCCCAUGCAAGGAAACAGGGUCAGGUGUCACUGCAUAUUAAAAAACAAAAGAUCAAA